AUGGAAGAAAUCAUGGAACUCUUCCAAGCCCCUUCACUAUCAGUCGGUAUCAGCUACAAAGGACGAACGAUAUGGACUAGGGGAUUUGGUUUUGCGAACCGCAAGACUGGCCUGGUACCCAAUUCGAAAACUAUUUACUCCGUCGGAUCGUGUACCAAGGGGUUUACGGGCACAUCCUUCUGCCUCCUCGCCGAACGAGGCCUCCUCGACCGGGACGCUCCAGUUGCGUUUAAGAUUCCAGAGAUCAAGACGGGGGAAAACCCGGUUGUGGCUAAGAAGAUGAAUGGGAAUGACCUGCUUUCUCACUGUGUCGGCCUCUCCAGUAUGCCGUUUGCAGUACUAGGCCGGCACGGCCACGUCUUUGCGAGGUAUGAAGAUAUCAUCCAAAUCUUCAACAAUUUGCCACGCGCCGCCGAAUUUAAGACAGAAUGGAUGUACAACAAUUGGUUAUUUGCCCUUGCUGGAACCCUCAUCCUACGAGAGUCCAAGUUGUCCUAUGGAGACUUCAUCAAGCAAGAGAUUUUCGACAGAAUUGGCAUGAGGAGAACCUACACAGAUGCGAGCUUUGAUGACAACCAUGCCUUGCCUUAUCUUGUGUUUGGCGAAAAAGAGCCCGUGUCAGUUAGUCUCCCUACUCUGGAUAACGGGGUUGCGUUUGAUAGCUCGGGAUCAGUCCGGUCUUGUGUCGAUGACCUUUUGCUCUGGUCUAGAGCUCUCAUGAAAGCAUGGAGAACUGCGCAUCCGGAUCACUGUCAUCUACUACAUUGGGAAGCUGGUCAAGAUCCUGGCUGCUUACCCAGACUCGGCCGUCUAAUCUCUCGACUCAAAAAGUCUCCAGGGAAGCCACGACAGGUUAACAACCUCAUUGGCGGCGAUGCAAAACUCACUGCCUCUCUGGCCGCGGCACAGAAACCGCAUUUUCCCCUUGCUGGGGACGAGAAACAACAAUAUGCACUUGGGCUGUUCAACCUGCAUCUCCCAACCCCUGAAAUGAACAUUGUCACGAACCCCGAUGUCAAUAGCCAAGAGUACUCCAUUGGCAAGGACUCCAAAGAGCGGGUUGCCAUUGGCCACACCGGGGAGCUAGGCGGCUUCCUAUCCGCCUAUUGGACGUUUCCAGAAGACGAUUGCGCUAUUGUAGUUCUCACCAACUCCUUUCAGAUCAAUGGAGAUCCGACCAAUCUCAUCGCGCAGCUGUUAGCGCAGACUUUAUUUGACAUGAGACCCACAGUGGACUUCGUGGAAGUGGCCAAGAAUGUCGUUCGUAACGCCAGGGGUCGCUGGCUUACCAUUCGAGAGGAGUGGACCGCGCAUCGGAUCCCCAACACGUGGCAUCAACCUCUUGCCGCAUAUGUUGGUGAGUACCAAAAUAGAGGCCUCGCCAUGAGUCUAAGCGUUUCUAUUUCUGGAGAUGACAAGUAUCCUCUUCGUCUAUGCAUCAAUGGCCUCGAGAGCCAGGUGUUCGAGCUGUACCACUACCAUACAGACUCUUGGACUUUCCUGAGGGACUCUCGAGAUGACUGUAUCGAAAAGGGGUAUUCCAUGUAUCUCCUCAGCUGGGAAUCUUGGAUCAUCAACUUUGAUCUCUUUGAGAACGACCGAUUUUGCAAGAUCAAGUGGAGGCUUGACACUGAUAAACGGCUGGGGCCGCAGGAGUUUUUACGCAAAUGA